AUGUCCGGACCUUACAUCCACGGCCACCACGCCUCUGUCCUCCGCUCUCACAGCUGGCGUACAGUUGAGAACUCUUGCCCGCACCUUCUGACAUACCUCACCAACCCCUCGCUCCGCAUCCUCGACGUCGGCUGCGGCCCAGGCACCAUCACCGUCGACCUUGCCUCCCGCGUCCCGCACGGCCUCGUCCUGGGCAUCGACCCUUCAGCAGACGUUAUACAAAAAGCUCGAAAACAUGCAGAAGAGAAGGGCGUUACUAAUGUGCGGUUUGAGGUCGGUGAUAUAUUCAGCUGGCAGGGGCUGGAGGGCGUAAAGGAAGAAGGCUUCGAUGUCAUACAUGCACAUCAAGUGCUGCAGCAUUUACAAGAUCCGCCGGGCGCGAUGAAAGAGAUGAAGCGACUCACAAAGCCCGGCGGCAUCGUCGCAGUACGAGACGUCGACUAUAGUGCGAUGAAUUGGUAUCCUGAACACCAAGGCAUGAAGAAAUGGUUGGAUCUUUACAUCAAGGUGGCGCGGGACCACCUCAAGUGCGAUCCGAACAUCGGGAAGAGACUCCAUGCUGUGGCCAUGGAGGCUGGGUUUCCGAGAAGCGAUAUCGAAGCUAGUGUGGCUGCAUGGACGUUCUCGACGCCACAAGAGAGGGAGUUCUGGUGCGGACUGUGGGCGGAUCGGACGGUCAAUAGUGAUUAUAAGCAACGGGCGCUGGAGAGCGGGUUCGCGACGGAGAGGGAUCUGGAGGAUAUUGCGCAGACGUGGAGGGAGAUGGAGAAGAAAGAAGACGGAUGGUUUGCAGUCAUCAACGGCCAGAUUACCACCACCGUCCUCGUCAACAACCACGGCAACGACUGCCCGAAGUGCGGCGCGGCGACUAGCGACGGGACUAAAACUUGCAGCUCUUGCGGCAGCGCCCGUCGUGAACAGGGCUAA